AGACGCAGGCCGGUGUCGAGGGUCGUCCAGCAGCUGCCAGACGUAAGACGCCGCCCCCAAGGAGACAUGUCUGCGCCAAGGAGCUUCUUGUUUGUGAGAAAAUGCGACGGAUUUCACCAGCCGUUGAUGCAGCUGUGUGGCGGGAGAGCGAGCAAGAGGCUGUACAGUGAGGCCUCAAGAAACACUCCAAAUUUUGGAUUAUUAUUUGACAUUGAUGGAGUGAUAAUUAGAGGGAAGCAUAUCUUACCAUCAGCACCUGAGGCCUUCAACCUUUUAGUUGACAAGUAUGGCAAAUUUCGUGUUCCAACUGUGUUUGUCACUAAUGCCGGCAAUGCCCUCCGCAACGACAAGGCUGAACAGCUGUCUCAGUGGCUGGGAAUUGAGGUCCAUGAAGAUCAGGUGGUUAUGGCGCACUCUCCCCUCAAGAUGUUUGACCAAUAUUUCAAUAAGCAACUGUUGAUUUCUGGCCAAGGUCCAACUCUAGAAAUAGCAAAGAACCUGGGCUUCUGCAACACUGCAACGGUGGAUGAAGUACGCCGGGCAUAUCCCCAGCUGGACUGUGUGGAUCAUAAGAGGCGCAGUUUAAAUGUAGAUGAACAAGCACCAAAGAUUCCCAAGUUUGAUGCCAUGAUGUUGUUUGGAGAACCUGUAAGGUGGGAAACAUCACUUCAGCUGAUGAUUGAUAUUUUAAUGACUGGAGGCGAUCUUUCAGCGAGUCCUACUGCUCCUUACCCCCACCUCCCCAUCCUAGCCUGCAACAUGGAUCUUCAGUGGAUGGCUGAAGCACACAUGCCUAGGUUUGGACAUGGAGCCUUCUUGCUGUGCUUAGAAGCUUUAUAUAAGAAAGUGACUGGAAAUGACUUGAUCUACACAGCCUUGGUUGGCAAACCAUCGGAAAUUACCUAUUACCAUGCAGAGACCAUGGUGCAGCACCAUGCAAGGUUAAUAGGAAUCAAUCACCCUAUAACUAAGCUCUAUGCAAUUGGUGACAAUGUGCAUACGGACAUUUUUGGAAUGAAUCUUUACCAAGAGUAUGUGCGAAGACAUCGUAGGAGCAAGAAGCAUGUAGCUAUGCAAGGGGCACGAGGGCUUGACCUUUCCACUCAUGAUUUUAAGGGCCUUAUGGCAGAUCAAUGCUAUUCUGUGUUAGUUAAGACGGGGGUGUUUAAUGGCCAGCAACUUCUUGAGCACUCGCCUCGAGACUUUCUUCCUGUGGAGUCCAAACUUCAGGAACCAUCAAUUACAGUAAAGUGUGUGUUGGAAGCAAUCACUAAUAUAUUUAAAAAGGAAAAGUUUUCUUGAAACCAAUCUCGGCCUUAGUUAAUACCAAAACAUAACUAAUUUAUUCUUAGUUCUAUUCCUCCAUGUUUACCGUCUUCUGGACUCGACAAAUAUUAACGUCAACACUGCAGACAAUAAUGUUUCUAAGGGAAAGUGACAGUGUCAGACCACGGAAGAAGAAUUGAAACAGGAAUUUCCUUAAGUACUUUCGUAUAUUAAUAACACUUUGAUGCACCCGGUACCCGCGAAAAAACUCUGCGCAUUGUGUGCGCGGCGUUUUUUUCUCAUGAGCGUAAACACCAAACAAUGUGCAAUCUUUUCACUCUCCUAACACCAAUACUCGAGCUACGUAUUUCCUUUUGGUAUCAAUGUGUUGGCAAUAAAAUUCUCUACAAGAUCAUAUGUAUAAAAUGUAACCAAAGCAUUAGCUAUUCCACCACGAAAUAAAUAAAAACGUAGAUCACUCGCCGUCUCGCCGUACGCCCAAACAGCUACAAAAUGUUCAUACUCUUUUGUUUGUUGUCAGCUCCACAUUAGUCCUACAGCGUUAAAUUUUAUAUCACUGAACUCGCAAUAAAAUUCUCUACACAGACAUAUGCAUAUAAAUGUAGAAUCAUGAUC